AUGAAUAUAUUUCUAAAAUUUAACAUUCUCAUAAAUCUUAAUCAUCAACGUUGUUAUCUAUCAACAAUUAAUACAGAAGCAGCAAUACCAAGACAUACACGAAAACGAAAUUAUCCAUUAACUUAUGAACAAAGACAAUUUCCAAAAUUAAUUGGACAUACAAAAACUUGGAAUACAUUUAAUACAUCAAAUUUACGUGAUGGUAAAUGUAAAGCAGAAACAGUAAGUGAUGAUCUAUUUCUUCGACAAUUUAUUUAUGGUACAUGGCAUUCAUUAUUUGCUUCGGAACUUAUUAUAAAAUGA